AUGAGGUUCAGUAUCGCUCAGACAGUCCUGGCUGUUGCAUUAGCUGCAGUAGUCAGUGGGUUGACUAUCAAUCCCGAGGCUACAAAGCGAGAGGUCGAAGGAUCUGGAAAACCGGAGCCGGCCUGGGUCUGGUCUUCAUCCUCCAAGAGAGAGGUGGAAGGGUCUGGAAAGCCGGAGCCAGCUUGGGUUUGGUCUUCAUCUUCCAAGAGAGAGGUGGAAGUGUCUACAAAGCCAGAGCCAGCUUGGGUCUGGUCCUCAUCCUCCAAGAGAGAGAUUGAAGGGUCUACAAAGCCGGAGCCGGCCUGGGUGUGGUCUUCCUCCUCGAAGCGAGAAUUUGAAGAGCUUGCAAAGCCCGAGGUCGCGUAG